CUUUUCUUGGUUGGUAGGCGCAUGACUGGUGUGACCAAAAAAAAAAAAGACAAAAAAAGACAAGAAAAAAAGAAAAAAAAAGAUAUUCCCGGGCACUGUCAACUUGUCAACAGCGUUACUGCUGAUCUCUCCUCCACUACUUUAUAUUCUAUGUAUAGGAACCGAUUUUAAUUCUCUUCCACAAAAGGGACUCCAAAUACUACACCAGAGGCAGUUGAUCACCCGCUUUCAUCUUCAUCAAGUCCCGGAGACGGGGGAAAUCGUCGUUACAGCAAGGGCAACCCUAGUAGGGAGAAUCGAUUUUAAUACUGAUCUCCUGUCAGGGUUGCUACGCGCUACCGCCUUUUGAGGCGAAGCAUUUCGUUCUAGUAUAAGCGACACACCAAGAGUGUAUGGUUGUAUGAAUCGGUCGUCCCCACCGCUGAAGAUCAUGCAAGCGCUGCGCCAAGAUGACAUCCGCCACCCCACGCUUCCCAGAGGGUUGGGCUAACAGAUUCCUAUUUCGUAUCGAGCUUACGAUCGCAUUGAAUCGCACUUUGCAAGCUCUGUUGGGGGCAGGGCUCCAUUUUGCUACAAUACCUACCCAAGGUAUUGUAACUAAGAAUAUCACGAGCUGUGGAGCCACGAGAGACCUUGUGCCACUUUUUGAUGAACGGGAACAAACUCCUCGCAUCCCAUUUCUUUUCCCGCCUCCCCUCCUUUUACAAUGCUUCAUAUCCACUCUCUCACAUAUUCACUGAAGCCGGUACGCCGCAACUUUGGGACGCUACAAAACCAAUAUCUACGAAGAAGAAAAAAAGCAUGAUGUGAUGCGCCUCAGCCGGACUGUGCGAUGACCGUCCAAUGUCCUCCAGAGGCGCUCGGCGCCGCCGCCUUCAUCCUCAUAUACACCCUCAUCUGCCUCUGCUGUAGUAUAGGGAUGUUCUUGUUGAUGUGGAUCCAGCAUGAGAGGAUGAGCUAUAUCAUCAUCAUGUCCGUCACGACCGGGGUCUCCAGCAUCGCCUCCAUAAUACAGCAGGUGCAUACUAUCAUUAAUUGGCGAGAUAUUAAAAUCGCACAGUUUAUCCGAGAGGAAAGAAAGGCCGGAAACCCAGAACUUUCUGUGUCGGGUUCUACGCAAGGCUUCGACCUAAUUUUAUUCUAUAUUCAAUUUUAUUGUUAUAAUGCCGAAGCAAUUUUGCUUCUUUGUUGAUUUGAACAGGGCGGCAGAGUUGACGCGGUCCGUCUUCAAAGUCAGCUGGACCAGAAUGCAGCCGAGAAAAGGCUCUUUGGUGGCUAAAGCCAAUGCCUUGAUACUUCCAGCGAUCCAGAUAGGCCUCCUCCGGACCCCUAGCAUCCAGCACCAGAAGGUGCACUUUCAGCUGGCUUACACGCCUCUCGCAGUGGCGACAAGUCUCUCCCUCGGCGCGGUGUUACUGGCAAUCAUCCUUGUCAAAUAUAUACACACCAGGGUCUUUUCCCAGGACUGGCGCGUCGGAUAUGCCGGCCUAUCCAGCAACUCGACACAAGAUGAUCUCAUCAAACUGGAGCAGAUUGUGCAAAAGCAAAGCACAUAUGACCGCUGGCUCGUGGUCCGCUUCAGCAUAGCAUUCUUGGCUUCGGGCGCAUUCGAGUUCCUUACCAUCAUGUUCCAAACCACCUGGGCAGCCCGCCUCGCCAAGACCCACAGAAAAAUGGAAGCAGACCUGAGCAGCGACAAUGCAAAGCUCGACUUUUACCUCUUCAUCCCCGGAGCCACGGCCGGGCUCCUCCUGUUUGUGGUCUUUGGGACGACCAAGGUCUCGCGCGACUUCAUGUGGGAGAAAUUGGCGCCGCGUUGGCUCAAGAAGAAGAUGAGAGAGCGCCCGCCGAGGCUGCCGUCGAUGGUAUCGCCGCCGGGCCCCAUGCGACUGCUGAGCCGGAGGUCGACCCGGAGAGGAAGGUGGCAGAACGGGAGGGAUUGGCACUACGCAAACAUGCCCCGGCUGCCCCCGAUCGCUGCUGGUUCUGACAUAAGCUACUUGUCGACGGAUCUGGAUAGAAUUUAUUCCGAAGGAAGGGACGACAACGAGGCGGUACACUUUAGCAAAAACCGACGGAGCCUAAGUAUCUAACAUGUGUUUCCGCUUGGUCGGUGGAGGAGCUGGGCUUCUGGCCAUGUAUUCUUUUUGAUAUGGUUCAGCGUUUUAAGGUGUUGAGGGAAUAUAAUACGGGAUUUCUUUUUGGCAAGGAAAACGGGGGGUAAAUGGCAUUGUCUCGGGGAUAUCUAUCGUCUUGGUAAUUUAUAGUACGAG